UCCAAAAGUGAGUUCCCUUUCUCGACUUUUUGUCUCUUUUACAAAAGCAAUAUCAUAGCACCAACCAGCUGAACAACGGUGUAUGUGGUUAGACUUAUAUUUUUAAUGUGGUGUAAUCGUAGGUAAAAGUUGCAUUAGACACGUAAAAUACGAAAAAAACAUUAUUUAAUUUAAAUUGAUCACUGAAAGUGUUGUGUUUCCUUCAUUCAAGUGAAAGUCACACAAAAUAGAUAGCAAUCAUGUCUGAGGUUGGAUCGAACGAUGUACCAACUGGAAAUGGUGAGGCUCCAGUUAAAUCGGCUAAACAAUUGGAAAAGGAGGCCAAGAAAGCAGCCAAAUUAGCUAAACUUGCUGAAAAACAAGAAAAGCAAGCCGCAGAAGCUCAGAAAAAAGCCACCGAACCAGCUAAAGAGAAAAAGAAGGAAAAGACAAAAGAAGUGAAAGAAUCGGCCGUUUAUACCGCCAAUACAGAAGCUGGUGAAAAGAAAGACAUAUCUGGACCAUUGCCAGACGCCUAUAGCCCGAAAUUUGUCGAAGCUGCAUGGUAUGCGUGGUGGGAGAAGCAAGGAUUCUUUAAACCUGACUAUGCGCGUCCCAUAACCGAGGAGAAUCCAAAAGGAAAAUUUGUAAUGGUGAUACCACCGCCAAAUGUGACCGGUUCAUUGCAUUUGGGUCAUGCAAUUACCGUUGCAAUCGAAGAUGCUGUAACACGUUGGCAUCGUAUGAAUGGCAAAACAACACUUUGGGUGCCGGGUUGUGAUCAUGCUGGUAUCGCAACACAGGUCGUUGUCGAAAAGAAAUUGUGGCGUGAAGAGCAAAAAACGCGUCAUGAUUUGGGCCGUGAAAAAUUUUUGGAGAAAAUUUGGGAAUGGCGUAAUGAAAAAGGUAGCCGCAUCUAUGAGCAAUUUCGUAGUAUGGGUGUAUCGGUUGAUUGGAGCCGUACAUAUUUCACAAUGGAUGAUAAUAUGUCACGUGCCGUUGUUGAAGCAUUUGUUCGCAUGUAUGAAGAUGGUACAAUUUAUCGAAGUUCACGUCUUGUAAAUUGGUCAUGUACAUUACGUUCGGCCAUAUCCGAUAUUGAAGUUGACAAAGUGGAAAUUCCAGGCCGUACAUUUCUAUCGAUACCUGGAUACGAUGAAAAAGUCGAAUUCGGUGUAUUGGUAUCAUUUGCCUACAAAGUCGAAAAUAGCAACGAAGAAAUCAUUGUGGCAACCACACGUGUUGAAACAAUGCUCGGCGAUACAGCCAUUGCUGUGCAUCCAAAUGAUAAACGUUAUGCACAUUUACAUGGAAAAUAUUGUGUACAUCCAUUUACAUCACGUCGUUUGCCAAUUAUUACCGAUGACUUUGUUGAAACUGAAUUUGGUACGGGAGCGGUAAAGAUAACACCAGCCCACGAUCCAAAUGAUUACGAAGUUGGUAAACGUCAUAAUCUACCGUUUAUCACAAUUUUUGACGAUGAUGGUGUCAUUGUCGGUGACUAUGGCCAAUUCACCGGAAUGAAACGAUUCCAAUGUCGCAAAGCGAUUUUAAUUGCAUUACAAGAAAUAGGUCUUUAUAAAGAGACAACAGAUAAUCCGAUGGUGGUGCCAAUUUGUAGCCGAUCAAAAGAUGUCGUCGAACCGAUCAUCAAACCACAAUGGUACGUCAAAUGUGAUGAAAUGGCAACUAAAGCAACCGAUGCAGUCACAUCGGGUACAUUGAAACUUAUUCCAGAUAUGCACAAUAAAAUUUGGUAUCAUUGGAUGGACGGAAUUCGGGAUUGGUGCAUUUCACGGCAACUUUGGUGGGGACAUCGUAUUCCAGCCUAUUUAGUAAAGUUCAAAGAUGCCAAACAACAAGCAAACGGUUCAGAUGUUUGGGUUGUUGGUCGCACUGAAGAUGAAGCACGCAAAAAUGCGGCCAAAAAAUUCAAUUUAAACGAAACGGAAUUUGAAUUGACACAAGACGAAGACGUUUUGGACACAUGGUUCAGUUCGGCUCUUGUUACAUUUGCAUCAUUUGGUUGGCCAGAUCAAACGCCAGAUUUGGCACAAUUCUAUCCAAAUCAUUUACUUGAAACGGGACAUGAUAUUCUAUUCUUUUGGGUUGCACGUAUGGUAUUCUUUGGUCAAAAACUUAUGGGAGAUUUACCAUUCAAAGAAGUAUUUAUGCAUCCUAUAAUUCGUGAUGCGCACGGUCGUAAGAUGUCAAAAUCAUUGGGCAACGUAAUUGAUCCGAUGGAUGUUAUCACCGGUAUUUCACUCGAAGAUUUGAAUAAAUCACUACAAAACUCGAAUUUAGAUCCAAAGGAAAUAGCCAAAGCAAUUGCUGGACAAAAGCAAGAUUUUCCAAAUGGCAUACCCGAAUGUGGAUCGGAUGCAAUGCGUUUCGGCCUUUGUUCGUAUAAUUUACAAAGCCGUGAUAUUAAUCUUGAUAUUUUAAGAGUGCAAGGUUAUCGAUUCUUCUGCAAUAAAUUGUGGAAUGCAAUUAAAUUCGCACUCAUGUACUUCGAUGGUACCACCAAGUACAAGUCAACUGUUGAAUUGACAAAUAACGAAAGCAAUAUGGAUCUAUGGAUAUUAUCAAGACUAGCAACAGCUGUCGAAUUAUCAAAUGCUGGUUUCGCUUCAUACGAAUUCCACAAUUCAACGGCUGCAAUGUACAAUUUCUGGCUGUACGAUUUGUGUGACGUAUAUUUGGAAUGCUUAAAGCCCGUUUUCCAAAAUGGAUCAGAUGCUGAAAAGGCAUCGGCUCGUCAAACACUCUUUACAUGUUUGGAUACUGGUUUGCGUUUGAUAUCGCCAUUUAUGCCAUUCCUCAGUGAGGAAUUGUAUCAGCGUUUGCCACGUGUCGCCGGCGGUCCAGUGAGUAUUUGUAUUGCACCAUAUCCAGUGCUAGAAACGUGUCUAUGGAAGAGUGAUGCAAUUGAAAAAGAAGUUGAAUUAAUGCAAAAAACAGCCAAAGCUAUUCGUUCGGCUCGUAGCACAUACAAUCUUCCAAAUAAGACGAAAACCGAGGCAUACAUUUUAUCGACAUGCGAAACAACAAAAUCGAUUUUACAAAAGUUCACCAAUGAUCUAUUGACCACCGCCUAUUGUUCACAAUUGCAUUUCGACGAACAACCGCCGAACGGUUGUGCCAUUUUACCAGUGACCGGUCAAUGCGAAGUCCAUUUAUUGCUUAAAGGUUUGAUUCAAGCCGAUAAAGAAUUGCAAAAAUUGGAGAAGAAACUCACACAAACAACACAAAAUCUGGAAAAACUUAAUCAAGCGAUGAAAGCAGCUGACUAUAUCACCAAAGUUCCAGAAGAUGUACGAACUCGAAAUCAAGACGCACUCAUCGAAUCUGAAGCCGAAAUUGUACGCAUUAAUUCUGCCAUCGAAUCGCUUAAAUUAAUGUAACAUUUUGAUCACAAUUUAAAUUGUAAACAAAUCGACACACAAUUUUACUAUACAGCUUUUGCAUUUGUUACCUCUUUCUCAUAUCUUUCUUAUCGGAAUAAAUAAUUUCACAAUGUA